UCAGCGUGUGCAAGGUUAAUUAUUUAGCGAAGUUCUAGUCCUGGGGGAACAGUGUGACGAGGCGCGUUGCCGAGAUAUGAGCACCUGUUGCAUCUUGAUAUGGACGAUUUGAGAAACGCGGAGGGGAACGACACCGACGACGAUGGAGGACACAUCGUUUUAUCAGUUGUCCCCUUAGAAGAGGAGCACGCGCCGGUCCCCAAAGUUCCCGGUGAUGCGGCGGAGGAGGAAGAGAAGGUGGAGGAGACAGAAACUCGGCUGCGAGGCAGUUUAAGAGUGCAGCAGGACGGUGAUGUCGAUACCCGGGGCCCGGCGCAGGAAAACUCCCGCACAUGGACGGAGUGUUUGUGUUUUAAACCGGGGCACGAGCCCGAGGACGAGCCAGUGUCACGCGCAGCAGAUCAAAGCGAAAAGAAAUCCUGUUCUGCCCUGGGCCUCAUCUACACUCUUCUGGCUUCACUCUUCUUCUCAGUUGUUACUCUUCUGGUGAAGAAAAUCGAAGGUGUUCAUGCUGUGGAAAUCAGUGCAAUCCGCUGCUUUUUCCAGAUGCUGUUUAUCAUCCCGGCCAUGAUCUACUGCAAAACUGGUUUCCUGGGUCCUCAGGGCAUGCGCUUGUACCUGUUUCUGCGAGGUUUCCUCGGUUCCACCGCUAUGAUCCUUCUGUACUAUGCCGUGCUCCAGAUGCCCCUCGCCGAUGCCACCGUCAUUACAUUCAGCAACCCCGUCUUCACAUCUUUGCUGGCCUGGAUCUUCCUCAAGGAGCGCUGCACUAUAUGGGAUUUCAUAUUCAUCGUCUUCACCCUUACCGGAGUCGUCCUCAUAGUGAGGCCACCAUUUCUCUUUGGCGCUAAGCUGUCUGACAUCGAGGACAACUACAGCAACCACAUAAAGGGCGCCAUAGCUGCCUUCUCGAGCGCCAUUGCGGCAGCAUGCACAAUGGUCAUCUUGAGAAAGAUGGGCAAAAAUGUGCAUUUCUUCCUCUCGGUGUGGUAUUAUGCCAUCAUGGGUUUCAUAGAGUGUGUCGUUGUGUUGUUCAUCAUAGAUGAGUGGACAUUACCAGAAUGUGGCUGGGACAGGUGGAACCUGAUAGCCAUCGGGGUUCUGGGAAUCGGUGGCCAGACAUUCCUUACCAAAGCACUACAGGUUGAGAAGGCCGGUCCUGUGGCACUCAUGAGGACCACAGAUGUGGUGUUGGCCUUCAUAUUUCAAUUCCUCUUCCUUAACCGCAAGCCGACUUGGUGGAGCAUCGGUGGAGCGCUGUGUGUGAUUAGCAGCACCACUGGUGUAGCUAUAAGAAAGUGGUACAUCAGUACUAAGCAAAACAGCUAAAAAAAAAAAAAAGGCAAUCAAAAAAUAAUAAUCAAAGCUGACAUUUUAUUACAUAAAGUACUGUGCAAAAGUCUUGAGCAACCCCUUAUUUCUUUAUAUUAAAUUAAAUGAUGUAGAUUAAUUGAACGAACAGGAACAAUGUUUUAAUGCGAUAUAAAAUAUAAUAUAAUAUAAUAUAAUAUAAUAUAAUAUAAAAAUUGGUCAUUUCCCGUCUCAGCUGUUCCAACCAUUCAGCAUUCAGCAUCAUCAGUGUACAGUGGAACCUUGAAUUGUGAGCAUAAUUCGUUCUAGAAGCGUGCAAAUUAGAAAUAACAGAAACUCAGAUGAUUCGUUCCAUAACCUAAAAAAUAUUUAUAUAAACUUAAUUAAUAGAAAAUAUAAAGUAAAAAUAAACAAAUUAACCUGAACUUUAAUUUAGA